UCAUACUAAUAAGCUUGAUCUGGUUUAGUUGUUCCCAUGUCUGCUGGCAAACGCAUUGGUGUUCUUUCCUGAAACAACUCUGUCUCUUCUCUGUGUGGUUAGGAUAAUUCACUGAUUCUUGGUCGAUGCAAAUUUCAGAUUUUUCUUGUAUUAAAAACCAGAGCUUAUCAACCGAAUGAAGGCUGAUUCUUCUUUCCUUAGAGAGAUAGAGAUGGUGAAAAAAGGAAACAUUGUUCAGUACAGGGAGAGGUUGGACAAGAGCCUUGCCUUACCUGAUCUGACAGAUGAACAGAUACUCAAAACCCUUGUUAAAAGUCAACUCCAAGGCUCAUCAAAAGUGGAAAUUGAAGGAUGUAACGAGAAAUUAGUAGAAACCAAAACCAAGGAGAUAUAUGACUUUCUUAGCAUGUUGAGAAGUGCUUCUGGAGACAAUAGUGCAGGAUCUAGUACAUCACGCUCUGAUUGGAAAUUAAAACAGGAUACUGAAGAUUUUCGAGUUAUGUAUCGCGAAGGACCAGAGGGAACUCCCUUUCAUACAUUGCUAGUUGAAGGCUAUGUGGAUGGGCCUCUAGAUCUCUCUUUGUGCCUUUCAUGGGAGUCCUUCCUCUACAAGAAAUGGUGGCCUCAGUUUACUAUUCCCAGUUUCAAAGUUCUGGUAUCUGAACGUUUGCAGAGAGUCCAGAUUGGGGAACAUAUCUCACUAGUUAGGAUGAAGGUUCCAUGGCCUCUAUCUACAAGGGAAGCUAUAGUGCGUUAUUAUCUUUUUGAGUACUUUCAAGAUGACUUAGUAGUUGUUCUUUUGAAUACGGUCUCUGAGUCGACGAGCAUUGACAAUUUCAACAUGAAUGCAAUUCCUGAGGCAAAGGAUGUUGUGAGAAUUGAUUUGCUGGGAGGCUAUGCAAUGCAAAAGGUGUCAUCAGAAAGAAGUUAUUUUCGGAUAAUAGGAAAUUUGGAUAUAAAGCUGGAUUUUGUACCUCCAUCCCUCAUAAAUUUCAUUUCAAGGCAGCUCAUCGGCAGUGGUUUCAGACUUUAUCAGAAGGCUGUGGCUUCGAUGAUGAGCAAUGAUAAAGAUAAAGACAUCAGCAAGGCCUUGGAGGACCCAUUGUAUGUUAGAAUACGCGAAGCUUUAGUAACUGGGGAAGAGCUUAAGCAAGAUGCAAGGUUUGUUCAAGCUGAGGAACUUAUUCAAAGUGAGAAAAAUGGGGUAAAAGAGAAAGAUAUAUCCUGUGAGUAUAUAAGCAACCAACGUGCAGGUGGUGAAGAAGAUGUAGAAGCAGGUUGUAAAGAGAUUGUACAAGUUGAGGAAGAUGUUAACAAGGUACUUGAAGUUCCAAUCGAGGAAGGUGAUUCAUUGAGUGUGCUGAUCAAUGGCAAGGAGAAUGGUGAGAUUGAAGGUGCAGAUAGUGAAGAGAUUGUUGAUAUUGAAGGUGCAGAUAGUGAAGAGAUUGUUGAGAUUGAGAAGGAAAUGAACAAAGUGGGUGGCAUUCCAACUGAGAAAGAUGGUGCAAGAAGUGUUCUGAAGGAUAAGAGGAAUGGUUAUGUACGCUCAGAUGUGAGAAGGGCUCUAGAAACAAUAGAGAGGGUUAUUUCAACGGUUAAGGAACAUGGAUUUCAUCCCCGAAUGCCUACUUCAAACUCUGAUGAGCAAAAGUUCCAGAUGGAAAAAGUUGGCACAGUUGACUCAAGUUCUGCGAAACCUAUUCAAGUAUGUUUGAAGGAUGAUGAUAGUGUCAAAGAAUCAAGCAGCAAUAUACGGGAGGAAACUUCAGAAGAACCUGCGACGAUACAAAGCUUCAGGCAGAUAGAAACAAAUCCAAACUUGAAGGAACUUAACCAUAAGAAAGUUGCACCAGCUUCACCCGAACUUAAUCUUUCAAGAUCAAUGGAAGUGAAUCCGAUUGAUUCAUCUUCUUUGAAAAGUGGAACAAUAGUGGAGCAGACAGUAAGUGAUAAUAAACCAUUAAACAAUUAUGCAGAGGACAUGAAAAAAUCAACCAAGGAGAUGAGGUAUAGAUACUGUUGUUUCAUGAAUUAGCUAAAACCAUAAAAGUUUGGAAGACGAUAGAAGAA